AUGUCGUCGCCAAGUGCCGCUUCUGCUCCCGUGGAGGAGCAGAAGGUCGAGUCACCAUCGGCAGUACUCGACUCUGCCCAAGAAACCGUAAAGGAUGAGCAUCUUGACGACGACGGCACUGCAGCCGAGGCUGGAGAAGUGACCGACGACGCUGAAUCUGAAGCAGCAGAGAACGGUGCCAAACCUGCCGACAAAUCACCAGGAGAGGCUUCGUCUCCUAGUGCUGCUGGAGAAGCGCCGCCCCUACCGAACGAAGCCGUUCCUGAUGGCCCGCCCCUGCCGAAUGAACCAGCGCCCCAAAAUUCAGACGAUGACGGAUGGGAUUGCCAGUGGGAUGCGAAUAGCCAAUCGUGGUUCUUCUACAACCGAUACACAGGCAAGACUCAGUGGGAAAACCCUCGAGUGCCAGACACAAGCGCUGCGACCACCUCGCAAGGGGUAGCGCCGCAGCCGCCUUCGGAUGAGAAGCCUGUUGCUGGCGGCUACAACCCUGCCGUUCAUGGCGACUAUGAUCCGAACGCAUGGUAUGCCAAGAAUGACGAAGAGGAUGAACGUGCUUCUGCUGGCUUCGCUGGCGAUCCCGCUGCCAUCUACGGCGCCACAGCCUCCUUCAAUCGCUUCACUGGGGCCUUCCAGUCCGGCGAUGCUGGCCCUGAGCGGCACUCCGACGAAGCCAAGGCAAAGCGUCAGAUGAACGCGUAUUUCGACGUGGAUGCCGCGGCAAACGCCCACGGUGGCCGCAGCUUAAAGGCCGAACGCUCAAACAAGAAGCCAACCAAGAACGAGCUAAAGGCCUUCAAAGAAAAGCGGCGGGCUAGAAAGGAAGAGAAGCGCCGAGCUUGGCUGCGCGACUGA